AUGCGCGAGUACAUGGACGAUGCGGGCGAGUUCAGCGACGAGGACGGAGCUCCCAUGGCGUACAUCGGCUCUCCUUCGCGCUCACCCUCGCGGUCACCUUCGCCGGAACCCGAGCGCCGCACGAAGAAGUCGAAGUCAUCGAAGCCCGCCCCGGCCGCCGAUAUCGAGGACGAGGAGGCGCUGGCUCUGCGCUUGCUGCAGGGCAACUAG